AUGGCAAAACAUGCAGGAAAACUAUGACUCUUGCUAUUUCUUUCACCAGGACUAUGCUUUACCGAAUAUUCCUUAGAAGCUGAAGAAGCUAUACUAUGCUCAUCCUACACUUGUAAGCUUUCUACUCAAGAAUUCACUUCGGAGACCUGCAUUUAUUAUGACUCAUCUGGAAAUGGCACCUAUUAUGUUACAAACUGUACCAACGUCGCCUACCCUUAUUGCCCUGAAUCAGCCGGUAAAAACAGUACCUGUGCCAUCAAGCCUGACCCCACAAACGUAGCAAAGUGGCCAGGUGAAAAAUGUGUCAGCAAUGAUGACUGCAGCAAUUAUGCUACCAAAGGCUGCGUAGAAGGCAUAUGCAGAGGCUCAAGCAUAGGGGAAUCCUGCACUUCUCAAAACAACUGUGACCCUGGCUAUCACUGCUCUAACAGUACUUGUGUCUUGCAGCUUGAAAUUGGAGAGAAAGGAUGCAAUGAAGAUGGUGACUGUGUAAAUAGCGCUGGAUGCGAUAUAGCGACAAAUGCUAAGCCUGGGACUGGGGUUUGUAUUGAAUAUUUAAGUGUAGGAGAGUAUCAUAGAGUCCAAAGCUGCGAUUCCACAGACUACACGAAUAUGCUUUGUGCUUCAAAUUUGUGUGCAACACAAUGCUAUAGGUCUUAUUGUUUGCCCAGGCUUCCAAGUUUAAAUCAGCCACCUGUCGCAUGCACUUCAAAUAGUAAUUGCUCUUCUGUGAUAGACCCACAAUAUGAAAUGCCAUUAUAUUCGCAAUGCACAUGUGGGUUUAAUCCUGAAGGAAAAGCAUAUUGUGGGCUGUUUCCAGGAGAUACAUUAUAUGGAAAAUACUUAGAUAAACUGACUGAUUAUUUGGAAAGUAGCGCUCUUUUGUAUUGCAAUACAGAAAGAAGGUUUAACCCAGUCUGUAUGAAAGACUGGUGGGGUGCUAAGAAUAUGGCAAUUUAUUCCUAUUACUAUACAAUUGUUUUCGAUUACCCUGACAUUCAAAAUAAUCAAGAUUGUGUUGCUGAAAUUUUCAAUGCAAAGUAUGUAAGCAUAUCUCAGCAAUAUGAGUAUUACCUUGACAAUUUUGGAAAUGUAUUAACUCUACUAUCUGGGGUGGUUUUUGCAAGCAUGAUAAAUUAA